ACCUAUAUGGCUUUAAUACAUCUAUCCCAUAUUGGGCAGUCUGCUGGGCGUGGACACAUCGAGCACUGCGAAUGCUGGCAGUAGUCAUGACACCGCCAUUGGCGACUACUACGGUUACCUCAACAACAACAACAACAACAACAACAGCAGCAGCAGCCACAAUAACAAUAAUAACAACAACAACACAAGCAGCAGCAACCCAAAUGCCGUCGGCGCUGCCACAACGCACAGCAGCAAUAUCCUGCGAACAGGACAUGCGAGCAGCCUAUCACGUGAUUCGUUUAUGCAGUGCAAGCACUGCAAUCGCUACUACAAAUCGCAUCAGAAAUUGCAGGAACAUGUGCGCAAAUAUUGUCUGAAGCAGAAGAAAUACAAGUGCGUGUCCUGCGAGUAUCGUUCGCGUCGCAAGGAUCAUGUGUUGCGGCAUGCCAAACGCAAGCACUGCAUGCUCUAUGAGCGGUUGCGUAACGACGAGGAGAGUCUCUAUUUGAUACGCAACGAGGACGAUUUGAGCAACGAUGAUAACGAGCACGACAAUGAUAACGAUGCUGAUAACGAUGCCGAAGACGCCGAUGGCGGCGGCAUGGAUAGCGAUGUGGCCGCCGCACUGUGCGAAAUCAACUUCGAUUUCGCAGGACGUGAUCUAACCAUAACGGCGGUGCCUAUGCUGCAGGAGAGCGACGAGGAUGAUGAUGACUACGAUGAGGAUGCCUAAAAGUGCACCUUCCUCCCUCUCUGUCUCUCUCACUCUCUCACUCUGUUGUGCGUGCGUGUGUGUGUGUGUAGCAAAACCGUGAGGCGUAAUUUGAAAUGUUUACCAAAUAUGAAUACACAUUAGUUUGUACUGUACGGGUCAGCCUGAGGCCUGAGGUCUGAGGCCUGAAGCCUGUUGUGCAGUGUUAGCUACAACUACCUCCACAUGUGUGUGUGUGUCUGCAGCAUCAGCAGUAGCAGCGAAUUCAUAGCUUUUUUUAUAGUGUAGCACAACCACUUAUACCUAUAUUAAUAUAUACUAUGAAGUAUAUAUACCAUAUAUAUAUAACCAAUUAUCAUAGCCAGUUGUUGUGGCAAACUCAAGCAUGUCACAUUCCUGCGCACAACGCACAAAUUACUUAAACAAAACUUUGCAAAAAUGCAAAGCAACUUAAAACAAUUGAAUUUUACUAGAAUUUUAACUGCAAAGCUGAGUUUACACGUGAUACAAUUCGUCAACAAAAUGAAACAUAUUUGAGCACAGAGUUUAGUUCUAUUUGUAUAUAAAUUUGUAAUAUUUUUUUAUCUUUCCACUGAAAUAAUCUCUAUUUAUUUCAUUAUCUAAGUAAAUCUUAGUUUGCACAUGACAAAUUUUUGAAAAUAUAUUCUAACUUUUUUGGGCAUGGCCUAAUCCUUUAAAUUUCUAUAAAGUGCAUAUUUUAUAUAGCAUACUUAUAUAAUGUUAAAUUUGAUCAAUGAUUUUCACUUUGGCUGCUGAGCGCAGUUUUUAUUCCAAUUUCGAAACAUUAAAUUGCUCAACGAUUUUAAUUUUUGAUAUUUAAAGCUGAUAUAUAAAAGUUGUCUAUCAUCUAGAUAUUUUCUUAAUUAUUAAUAUGUUUAUUCUCUGUCACAAUCUCUGCACUCAAGGAAUGAGAGAUAUGAAGGCAGAAAAAAUUAAGGCAUGUCUGCAUAUGUUGAUCCUGGACAGAUAGAAGGUCGCAGUCCUUAAUGAAAUACUUGUGCCCAAUAUUUGCCAAAAAAAAAUAUAUAUAUAGAAUUUAGUUAAAAGUCUUAUCCUAACAUAUUUUUUUCUAAUCGACAGCAAAUUUUUUCAAUUUGGAUUUUACAAAAAUAGAUGCUCAAUUGACAUGGCCAAAAACUAAUUUCAAGAAUUUCUUAAAGAUCCAUUUUCACGUGUGAACUUCGACUUAAUUAUCUCUGAGCGCAUUCCGUUAAUUUUCUUUAAUUGUUUGUUUUAUAAUUUCUUUAAUAUUUUUAAGUUUUGUUGACCGUGUGCCUAUCCUUUAGUUUAAGCAGCAAAUUGGUCGAAGACCACAUUUAUUUAUAUCCCAAAAAACAAAAAAAAAAAAACAAAAAAAGAAAAGAAAUCACUUGAUUUGUUAAUGUCUGUGGUGGGUUGGUGUUCUGAAAAACUUCCAAACUCUCUCUAACUGUUUCUCAAAUAUUCUUGCCAGCAGCAGUUCCAAAAAAAAAAAAAAUAAUAAUAAUAAUAAUAAUAAAAAAGUAAAUACAAUUAAUGAAAUAAUAUUGUAAAGCAAACAAAGACUUAAAGCGCCAUUAUUUGCCACUACAUAUAUUCCUCAGUUACACACAUUUGAGUACAGUAUGUAUUUUCGGGUGUUAUAAACAAUAAUUUUUAAACUUAAAAAGAAAGCAAAGCAAAUGUUGUGUACA